CAGCGCAUGAAGAGUAGCUAGUUUGCCGGUGUAGCAAAUUCAGCUGCCAUGUUUUGUACUUACUUUGCAGCCUUUUGUAUUAUUUUUAUUUCUCAAAUUUUUGCCGUUGAUGGAUCCGGACAGCUGGAAGAUGUGCGGGACGUAUCGCUAGCGUCUGGUGACAGUAACAAUAAGACAUGUGAACAUCCGUGGAGAAAUCGAUCGGGAGAGUUCAACUCCAGUUGCGAGUUUGUAAAAAUGGAAUGCAGCGAUAUUGCAGCACUGGUAGAUUAUUUGUCGUUCAUUGUGUGCGACUAUCCGCGAUACAAAUGGUUCACCUACAGUGUCCUGAUACUGUGGCUCAUGUAUCUCAUCUCACUUCUGGCUACAACAGCUGAUUAUUUCUUUGUGCCACCGCUGAAUUUGUUGGCUCAGAAGUUGAAACUAUCUCCAUCAGUUGCUGGCAUUACUUUGCUUGCCCUUGGAAAUGGUGCUCCUGAUGUGUUUGCUGCAUAUGCAGCUCUACAGAAAGCUAACGACUUAUCCUUGGAACUAUCAGCAUUACUUGGUGCAUCUAUUUUCAUUCUGACCGUUGUAUUAGGAUCUGUUAUUCUGGUGUCCAAUGUGUCCAGUAAUACAAUCCGCAGGACUGAUUUUGCUCGAGACAUUGUGGCAUAUAUCAUAGUAGUAAGUAUCGUCAUUGGUGUGUCAAUGGAUGGAAACAUCUAUCUCUAUGAGUCCGUCAUCUUCCUUGCUGCAUACAUUGCAUACAUUGGAGUUGUAGUUGCUCUCGGAUAUAUUUUAAGAGCAAAACGCAAAAGCACUGUGCAACAACCACUAUUCAGCGAGUCAAACAAAUCAUCAAACACAACUCCAAUAGUGUCACUCAAUGAGCCAUCAGAUCCUGAAAAUAAUUUCUCUCUUGCUGGCCUCUCAUGGCCACGUAAUAGUAAUUGGGCAGUCAAAGUUCAGUUUAUUGUGGAGUAUCCGGUUAGUAUUCUUCGAUGGCUGACCGUCCCAUCAUGUGAUGAAGAAUGGGAUAUGAUGAGGUGGAUAUUUGCAAUUCUGUGUCCGAUUCCAGCCAGUCUUCUUCUGCUUAUUGCAGCAGAGGGAUGGGACGGGUUUACCAUGUAUGCCACCACCACACUGCCUGUGUAUGCAGUCAUUAUUAUAGCAGGAGCACCAAUAUCGCUGAUUCUAUUUGGUUGGUUCUUGUAUAAGUGGCGUUUCUGCACUAGGGGGUCUCUAGAUCCUGGUUCAGUUGUGCUCUUUUUCUCUGGUGUUGUCGCAUUUAUAACAUCAGUGGCAUGGAUGAAUAUUCAGGCCAACGAACUGGUGGCCGUGCUGCAAACAUUUGGUACUGUAUUUGAUGUCAGUCUUGCUGUACUGGGUGUAACUGUGUUGGCCAUUGGUAACUCGGUUGGUGAUUGGGUAGCUGAUACUGCAGUGGCACGACAAGGCAAACCUGCAAUGGGUGUGUCUUCUUGCUUCGGUUCGCCUCUUCUCAAUGAUGUUUUGGGCCUUGGAAUAUCUUUGACGGCGUACACGGCGAGACACUUUCCCCAUCCGUUCGAAUUUAAUGUUAAAAGUUCAGAUUUCAAAACGGUUAUCUUCUGUUGGAUCAUUCUGUGUUUAACGCUUCUUAUUCACUGGCUUGCGUUUCCUCUGUUGAGAUUUACACCUCCAAGGUGGUAUUCUCUGCUGCUUUUUGUUUUGUACGCCUUUUUCAUGCUGUUCAACAUUCUCGACGUGACAAACAUUGUAAAAUUCGCCUUUUGAAUUUUGUACUCUAGACAUAUGAUGACGUCAUUCAGUCAAUAUUGCGU